UUUCACGUACAGACUACCCGAACUGCCCCCGAAUCUGCAGCUCGCAUUUGACGAGAUUCUCAAAACGCCAGAGGGUGAGCGGCCGGUCGAACUGCCCACUACGGACCGGAACGACCUCAUAUGGGCCGUGGCCAAUGACAUGAUGAACUAUGCAACAGAUUUCUAUCCUCGCUCCGAGGAGUACGACAGAGUAGCUAGGGCCGUGGUGACGAAGUAUCCAUUCCUCGGGGACCCCAUCAAGCCGGGACAGGAUGAAGAGUGCAAGGCGGCUAGUAUUCGACGGCAACUGGUGCAGCGCUUCAAAACGAUGCGCCUGAGAGAGAGCAAGAAGCAGGUCGAGAUGUUUCAGAUGAAAGGGGACGAAACAGUCCUCCUCAGAACGAAGGAGAAGUACUCCAGGCGCAAGCGAGCACUUCCGUGCCCCGCUAGUGACACACCAGCAUUGCUGCCCAAGGCCAAACGGAGGAGAGGGCUAGAGCCGGUGAAGCUGAUGUACGACGAGGGAUCUGACCGCGAGAGCGUUGCGGCUGAUCGACAGACGCUUCUUGAGCUGUGUGACAAGCGAGAGAAGCCACAUUUGAUCACUGGGGUAAAGGAAAUCAUGGCCAGGACAAAGCUUUACCGCCGCACGUGGACACUCACCGUACGCCCGCUCUGGAAGGAGGUGGGCACUGAUUGGCCCACACUGAGAACCAAAGAUGGGAUCUAUGCUGAACUGCAGUUGCAGCGUGGAGCAAAUUUCGCCAGGCCAAUAAGUGACUUUCUAACAGUACGGAGGAGAAGAUUAUUACUAGAUGAUUUAAAGAAGAAUGACAAUGCGUUCGAAAUCAUGGCACUGGCCAAUAAGGCUGCUGUAGAGCGUGGAGAAAGUGCUCAUAUGUGGCAGGUUAUCGCAGCACUACCACACCUGUCCAUGGACCCCAAGAAGAACUAUGGUCAGUGGAUCAGCAUGGAGGAACUUGGCGAUGGAAUCCCCCAUGUGUUGGUAAAACCAGACAAGAAUGGUGAAUGGGGUCCUGGCGCCAAAUUUAUCCCCAUGAUAGACGGGUACCAGGCCUCCAAUGAUAAAAACCUCAGCCUGCUCGAGUGCUUUGAGCUUUUGGUCCAUGUUGUCCACCUGAGUGACAUUGCAUGGAACCCAGCACUGGCAAUGACAUGGCGACUUCUCGACGAGGAAAUAAUGGGCUGUAGAGAUUGGGAGCCGAAAAAGUUUACCACAAACUAUGCAUUGUGCAGAGCUAGAUUCAGCAAAAUAAUAAAAUAAUUUAGAGUAAGUGGGAGUUAAAAUAGACGAGUUGACAAAGUAUGCAUAGUGCAGAGGUCCAUUCAUAAAAUUGUAUGCCGUGUAGACUAAGUUCAAAUUAAAAUAGAACAUUGUA